UCUGUCCCUCCUCCUUCCCUUUUUAUUCUCUCUCUUCCUUCUUCCCUCUCUUUUCCUCUUCUUUCUGCCUGUCCUACUUCCUUCCUCUUCCUUUAUUCCCUUCUUCGAGUGUAUGUCCAGAAUUAGAGAUACAGAUUGCAUUUGUUUCCUCUGCAGGCUCUGACCACCUCUCCCUCUCUCCCCCCGGGUUAAUUGACAGCUGCAGAGUGUGAGUCAGCUGAGUGUUGAGGCUCGGCCCUCCCAGAUGUGGGGCUGGGCGUCUGUGCGGUGAGUCCACCGCAGUGAAAUCUGAGUCCUCCGGCCUGGCUGCUUGUAUUUUGGGAUGUUUUACACGGGGCAGGACAAAGACACGUUUCCAGGCGGCAGCGCAGUCUGAGCAGAUGUUUCUGCUCUGGGAAAAGCAGAAGAAGAAGAAGCGACCUUGUUUCUGCAGAAGAAGGAAGAGUGAAAGACGGUAAAGUUGUGCUGAGUGUUGCCUCUGCAGAGCCACAGAUUACUGCAGCUGCGGAGGGGAAGCGCAGCUGACUGAAAAGCGAAACCGAGGAUACAUUUAGAGGAUAAAGAUGUUUCUUUUGUGGAUAAAAAUGCGCCCCGUAGGUUUGAAGGUUUGCUGACAUGAACUUUGACUGGGAGCAGAGCUGCGUUCACAUCGUUAGCUGACCCGCUCCUGAUUCCCUGCAGAUAUGGCUGAAGAUGUCUGUGGAUUCUGAUAACGCCUGUGUUUUGCUGUCACCGCGAGACUCCAGGUCCUCCUGCGUCUUCCGAACCGCAGACGAGAAAGAUGACCUCCCAGAAGUGGGAGAGGAGAGUGUCCUGGAGAUGCUGAGCUACUCCAAGUUCUCCGACCUUGAGACAUGGCUGUGUAUGCCGUCCUCGCUGCUGCUGCCCAGGGCCCUGGACUCCACCCGCACCACCUCCUCCUCCUCCUCCUCCUCCUCCUCCUCACAUACAUCCAACCACUCUUCCAAUUCCCCGCCAAUCUCCUCCUCCUCCUCCCCGGCCUCCAACUCCCGUCGCUCCACCUGCAGCGAGUCAGGAGAGGCCGACACACCACUCAGGUCACCAGGGGGGGACUCCACCUUCCUCACCCCCGCGCUGGCGAAGGAGAUGCCCUUUCUGGCCACGUCCCUCCUCCCCGUCCUCUCCUCCACGCCUGCCGCCGCCGUGCAGAGCUCAGGGACGUCAGCCAAAGACUCCGCCUCCCAGAGCGGCGUCAGCAUCAGGAAGCGGCGGCGGCUCGCUGCCAGUCCUGGAGGACUCCACUGGAACUCUGCAGGUUCGGUGCAGCGCGACUUCUGGUCACCUGAUCCGUCUCCCGUGUCGGGGGUGAGCGCGGCGGCUGCUGCAGGAGGUAGGGGUGCGAGGAGCCUCCCCCCGGCCGGAGGAGGUGGGGCGGCGUGGGCCAGCGACCGGGCGGCCCUGAGGAAGACGGUUUCGGCUGACGGAGAGCAGCCACACCUGAGACUGCUGAGUCGGCUGGAGAGAGGCAGGAGGAAGCUCCGCAACAUCCACAGCCUGGGAACCACGGGCCGAUACGACACCAGGAAGAAGUCUGACAGUAAGAUCUCUCGUUUGGCCCAGAAGUGGAACCAGAGGCCGGCAGGAGAUGCUCUGAUCAAAGACCUGAAGCCCCUGUUUUACACGGGAAUACCCGGAUCCUCACUCAGCCUGGACAGCAGACGCCUCCCGGGUGUCAUGACCCAGCAGAUGCAGAACCUACAGUUGUCCCAGACCAGGAAGUGCCCCGGUGGGCCGGCCUCCCCCAGCGCCGCCAAGCGCCUCUACCGGAACCUGUCGGAGAAGCUUCGAGGAAGCACCUCCUCCUUCGAAGAUGCCUACUUCUUCGGCAAGACGGACCGUCUCCGCAAAGCCUCGACCAUGCAGGGCAGCGACUGCAUCUUCGAGGCCGUGGAGCAGCAGGACCUGGACGCGGUGCAGAUCCUCCUCUACCAGUUCUCGGCGGAGGAGCUGGACCUGAACACGCCCAACAGCCAGGGCCUGACGCCGCUGGACAUCGCCAUCAUGACCAACAACACGCCCAUCGCCAAACUGCUGCUGAAGGCCGGCGGCAAGGAGAGCCCACACUUUGUGAGCGUGGAGAGUCGGGAGGCCCACCUGAGCUCCCUGGUGGUGGAGGCUGAGCGGCGGGCGGCGGACCUGGCGGCUCAGGCGCAGAAAGACGGCCUCUUGUUGGAGGCCUGCCACAAGGACAAACAGCUGAAAGCCUGGGAGUGGAGGAGCAAGCUGUACAAACGCAUGAGGACGGGCUUCCAGCACGCACGUGCCCCGGAGCCCCCGUCUAUGGUUCGUCUGAGCGUGAGCAGUAGCACCACGCUGACCGUCACCUUCCAGGAGCCGCAGUGUCUCAACUCCACCGUUGUGACCAAAUACAGAGUGGAGUGGAGCUGCCUGAAGGAUUUCUCGCUGCUUGCUGGAGAGAUCGUGUUGGAUAAUCUGCAGACCCUCAAGUGCAUCAUCAGCGGCCUCACCACGGGUCGACUGUACUACGUUCGAGUGUCGGCUUACAACAUGAAAGGCUGGGGUCCACCUGCCUCCUCCCUCCCUCCGUCUGCAGCUCCUUCAAAUUGGAGGGAGAGCGACGGUCGGGAGCCCCGGAGGCGAGGCCACAUCGAGGCCAUGGAGCGUCUGCUGCAGCAGGUCCGAGCGACUCACACACACUACUGCUGUGGAGACCCCUCGAAGCUCCAGAACCAGAGCAGGAAGCAGUCCGUCUCCAGGAGUCUGAAGCACCUUUUCAACUCCUCCAACAAGUUUGUGAAAACGCUGAAAAGAGGGAUCUACCUGGCUGCUGUGUUCUACCAUAAGGACAGUUUACUGGUGACAGCGGAGGACCAGAUCCCCAUCGUGGAGGUGGACGACUCCUACAGCAGCUCCCUCAUGCAGGACUUCCUGUGGUUCACUAAGCUGUCCUGUAUGUGGGAGGACGUGCGGUGGCUGAGACAGAGCAUGUCGGUGUCCAUGUCGUCGUCCUCCACCCUGCAGGCCCGGCACAAGAUGCUGACGGCCGCCAGCCAGCUGCAGAGCCUUCUGGGAACUCACAACCUGGGCCGGGUCCACUACGAGCCCAUCAAGGACCGCCACGGCAACGUGCUGCUGGUGACCAUCCACGACACGGAGAGCCAGCACUCGCUGUUCAGCGGGAAGUGGAUGCAGGUGACCAAACUGCAGAGCCAGAGGAAGUCUCUGUCCACGCCCGAGGAGCCGUACGCCCUCGACAUCCUCAUCAUCACCAUCCAGGACAUUUUGGCGUACCAGCGGCGCAGCACUCACCGGCUGGCCCCGGGUCUCUACCUGGGCUUCCUGAAGCUCAGCAGCUCUGUAGACCAGAUCAAAGUCCUGGUGUCCCAGCGGACCCCCAACAUGCUCUGUCACUCCCGCAUACGAGACAACGCCAACGUCUCCAGGGAGGAGUGGGACUGGAUCCGCUCGCUGUCGGCUGCCGGAGAAAAGGACCGCACCGGGGAGGACAGCGAGGAGGCGGAGCCCAGGCCUGAAAGCCACGCCCCUUUGCUGUACUACGAGCUGCAGACGGCGAUCAAGUCUCUGCUGAAACACAUCAACCUACCUCUGCACCAGGCCCGUCACUUCCGUCUCUACAGUCAGGAGGUGGUGGAGCUCGGUCACGGCGUCUCCUUCCUGCUGCUGCUGCCGGCGGCCGACAACGUUUGCUCCGCCCCCGGACAGUCCAACCCCUACAGCCCCCUGUCAGGAUUCCUCCACCUGCCCCUGCAGAUGUUCGAACUCGUUCACUUCUGCACCUACAAAGAGAAGUUCAUCAGCCUGUACUGCCGCCUGUCCUCCGUCCUGGACCUGGACGCCCUCAUUACCCAGCAGGCACUGCGAGAGGCCAUCACUGACAGCGAGGUGGCCACGGCGAAACAGAGGCACCAGCUCAUACUGGACUACAUCCAGCAACUGGACGAGAUGCGGCGUGACCUCCGCUGGAUCACCGACGCCCUGCAGUACGCUCGCUACAAGCAGCCCCGCGGCGGCGUACCGAUCACCUGCCUGGUGGACGCCAACGCUCCCGAUAGCGACUCCGGCCAGCAGAAGACGGACUCCACCUCCUCGGCCAUGGACUACCUGCCCACGCCUUCGCCCUCGCCUGAACUGCGCAGACGGAAAGCCAUCAGCGACUCUCUGCUCGGGUCGGAUGAAGACGGGUCCUCGGAGGUUUUCCUGCCGACGGACAGCGACUACGACUCCAGCGACGCCCUGAGCCCCCGCGAGCUGGACCUGCUCUACUCGCCGCCCCAGGAUCUGUCCCAGCAGGCCGUGCACUCGCUGGGCGGCAGCGCCCCGGACGUGCUCCAGAUCCACGAGCUCAGGUACAGCGUCUGCACGCCCAAAGACCUCCCCCUCUCUCCGGUGGACCCCCCUCUCUCCUCGCCGCUCCUCCCCCACUCCCCGUCUCUAUCCAGAAACUUCCCGUUCUCCACCUCUGGUCUGCCUCGCUCUCCCUCCCUCUCCAGGACCCUCCCCACCUCCCCGUCGGGGCCCCUGUCCCCCCGAUUCUCCACGGACCUGCCCCUGUCCUUCCCCCUCUCCCCGGUGCUGUCCGACACCACCAAGACCCUGGAGGGUCUCUCCCUCUCCAAGAGCCACCAAGAAGGCGCCGCUUCCCUGAGGGCCCGCGUUAACCCCCCCGCCAAACGCAAACUGCUCUCCAGGAGCCACCGCGGCCAGUACUUCAGCGGGCCGCAGCGCUGGCUCAAGGGCCACAGCGGGGAGAGUCACACCGGGUCUUUAUCUGAGGGCGUCUACACCAAGCAGCUCGACCUGGACCUGCCUCUCCCCGGGGACCCGCCCUUCCUGCAGGGCCCCACCUACGUCAGCCACGCCUCCUGCGUCCUGGAGAGCCGCAAGGGCCGACACCGGGAGCCGCGACCCCACGUCCGCAGGAUCUUCGUGGAGCCCUGUAAGGAGCUGUCGCCGGGCCACGAGAGGAGGGGCUGGGAGGGGGAGGAGGAGGAGGAGGAGGAGGAGGAGGGGAUGAGGGAGGAGGUGAAAGCAGCAGGUGUGUCGGUGUUCGUGGCAGAGGCGGAGCCUGAAGAAGAGGAGGAGGAGCCGGAGGGAGCCGCCACCCAGGAGGUAGACUCAGACGACCAAACCAACGCCCAGGUGUCGGAGCUCCUCAGCAGCACGCUGUAGGAGGCGGCAGUGACGAUUGGCCGGCCGUGUCCUGGCGAGCAGCCCUCGCCUCUCCGUAGAUUGUAAACUUCUCUAAAAGUUGCUGGUUCAACUCCGCCAAGCCUCAGAACCCAUGGCACCGACUGUUACGAAGAGAACAACCAAUGCAACGACAAACCAGGCACUGCUUCUCCGACCAGGAACUUUGCACACUUUGACUGAACGUCAACCAAAAAAACACUCGCUGGUGGUUUGAUUGAUUGAUCGAUUGAUGGUUUGAUUGAUUGAUUGUGGCUCCGUUUCUUUCCAGGUUUAGUUUUAUCAAAUUGAAUGGUUGGAGGAGUUUCCUGCAGGCGGCGCCGCCUUCAGAUGGAUUCUCCUCUGCUUGAAGUGAAUGUACAGUUCAGUCCGUUGGCGUCUCCUGUGUUUUGUUCAGCUUGGGUCUCAAUGUGGUCAAACAAACCUGUGGUCUGUCUAAAGAUUAAAUAUAUAUAAAAAUGAUUCCCCCGAGUCACUAAACCCAGACCACUCGAAACCUUAACACAUGAAGUAUUUUUGUAGUCUCUUUUACCCGAAGUGUUGUCAGAGCAUGACGUGUUUUGUGGGUUUUUUCUCCUGGGCCGAAGCUUCGUGUCCAGUUUGUGCCUCCUCCGGGUUCUGCAUGAUGAUGUCAGGGGUCGGCGGGGGAGGGGGGAGGGAAAUCUGCACUUUGGCCCUCGGGACCCGACGGUGUUUUUGUGUCGUGCUGUCGUGUUGAGCUUCUCUUUCCGUGUUUCCUCCGAGGCUGCUGGUGUGUUUUUAUCUUUUGUGUAUUAUUUCUUUUUUUACAACUCGCACCAAAAAAAAACCUGCACCUGUUUUCAGAGGAACGCCCGUCGGUCGGUCGGUCCGAGAGCUGUUCAGGUUCCUCAGAUGUAUGCACGCCGUUUUCAAAAGUGCGUUUUUAAUGUUUGCACAUAAAAAUGAUGGAAUAAAAGCUAAUUGAAUCUAUUUGAUGCAGUUUGGACUUUAACUGUGGCAGCUUCUAUCACUAAUGACUGUAACAUGUUCCAACAAAGUGUUGAUGAUAAAGACGUAUGAAGUGU